GUUCCAACAGUGACGUUUUCCCAGUCGCCGUGAGACAGAUUGGGGAGAAUGGCUGCCAGUGGAGACAUAGGAAAGCUGUUACAAGUACAGAAUGGGACUCCAGCAAGCACAAGCUACAAUGGGGUAGAUGCCCUACAUGCCUGUAACAUUCUCCAGCAGCUUAAAGCCUUGUACGACGAAGCUCAGCUGACUGACAUUGUCGUGGAAGUGGACCAUGGCAAGACAUUCUCUUGUCACAGAAAUGUCCUCGCUGCCAUCAGCCCAUACUUCAGAUCCAUGUUCACAAGUGGCCUUACAGAGAGCAGUCAGCGGGAGGUGCGGAUUGUUGGUGUUGAAUCAGAGUCCAUGCAUUUGGUUCUGGACUAUGCGUACACCUCACGGGUCACUCUCACGGAGUCUAACGUGCAGGCACUGUUCACCGCUGCCAGCAUCUUCCAAAUCCCAGCCCUCCAAGACCAAUGUGCCCAGUUCAUGAUCAGCCGUUUGGACCCUCAGAACUGCAUUGGGGUCUUCAUGUUCGCAGAUGCUUAUGGCCACCAGGAGUUGUGGGAGCGCUCGCAGGAUUACAUCCGCAAGAAGUUCCUGUGCGUGAUGGGAGAGCAUGAGUUCCUUCAUCUGACCAAAGAACAGCUGGUCAGCAUUCUCAACAGUGAUGAUUUGAAUGUGGAAAAAGAGGAGCACGUGUAUGAAAGCAUCGUGCACUGGCUGGAGUAUGACUGUUCGCGGCGGGAGGCGGAUUUACCUGAGGUUUUUGCCAAAUGCAUCCGCCUGCCCCUACUGGACGAGGCCUUUCUGAGCCGUAUACCUCCAGCCUUCGCGCUGGCCUUGUGCAGGGAUUCCUCGGACAAAGGUCGGCUAAAUGGCACCAAUGGCUGCCCACAGCGGCUGGGUAUGACUGCAUCAGAGAUGGUCAUCUGCUUCGACGCGGCUCACAAGCACUCAGGGAAGAAGCAGACUGUACCUUGCCUGGACGUUGCUGCCGGGAAGGUGUAUAAGCUGUGCAAGCCUCCUAAUGACCUCAGAGAGGUUGGCAUUUUGGUCUCAUCAGAGAACGACAUCUUCAUUGCCGGAGGCUAUCGGCCGAGCAAUAGUGAGGUGUGCAUUGACCAUCGUGCAGAGAGCGACUUCUGGCAGUAUGAACAUGCUGGCAACAGGUGGCUCCCGCGAUCACCCAUGCUGCGGGCACGCAUCGGCUGCAAGUUAAUACACUGCUACGGGAAACUCUAUGCUCUGGGUGGUCGAGUGUAUGAAGGGGAUGGACGAAAUGCUUUGAAGUCUGUGGAGUGCUAUGAUGCCAGAGACAACUGCUGGACAGCGGUCAGUGCCAUGCCAGUGGCCAUGGAGUUCCACAGCACAGUAGAGUAUAAGGACCGCAUCUAUGUGCUGCAAGGAGAAUACUUCUUCUGUUUUGACCCCCGCAAAGACUAUUGGGGGCAUUUACCAUCUAUGAACGUUCCCCGCACUCAAGGCUUGGCGGCCCUGUACAAAAACUGCAUCUACUACAUCGCAGGCAUCUGCAGGAACCACCAGCGCACGUUUACCGUGGAAGUGUACGACAUCGAGCAGAACACCUGGUGCCGUAAAAGAGACCUCCCCUUCGAGCAAGCCACCAGCCCCUACAUCAAGGUGCUUCUGCUUCAGGGCAGAUUGCAUCUGUUUGUUCGAGCCACGCAAGUCAUGGUAGAAGAACUUGUAUUUCGUACCAGCCGCAAGAACUCUCUCUACCAGUAUGACGAUGAAGCCGACCAAUGGACAAAGGUCUAUGAGACACCGGACCGCCUCUGGGACCUUGGCCGCCAUUUUGAGUGCGUGGUGGCCAAACUAUAUCCUCAGUGUCUUCAGAAAGUGCUGUGAGUUCGAAGAGGGUGGUACUGCUCAAUACAUGGUGCUGUUUGUGUCCCCAACACCAGAACUGCAGGGGAAGUCUUAAAGCGUUAAAGGUUUCAAUCAACUCGGGUGCCGUUUGACAGAGUAAAAAAACAGCAACAAAAAACAGUAUUUUGUGUUCCACAGUUGGGCGCACAGCACCCACAGAAUCGCUUGUUUUACAGUUAGAAAAGUGAAACAUAAGUGCAAUUAUCUUAGUUUUUUUGCAGAUGCUGAAUCGUUUCUGCUCCAUGAUAUCUUUAAAGGUUUUGUUGCUGUUUGGGCUUGGGUUGUUGGCUUGCAUCGUUGGCGAACAUGAGCAGUUAACGUUCUUAAUGACAAGCAGUAUGGCAACACUUGAGUAAAACAAGAAAAGUAAAAAUAAAUAUGUAAAGCUAUAAACAUUCAUACGGGUAUGAUGAGCGUUUUUGCUCAGUGUGAAUACUGAAUUUUUCAAUUGUGAUGUCUUUCAGGUUUUCAGAUGAAUAAGUCCAUGCCACCUACAAAGAGACUAAGAAUUUAGUUAGAGGAUUUUGAUUAUUAAUGGAAAGUCAUUUGUUUGCCAAGAUGCACACAUAUGUGGCUCUAUUUUGUUUUCCUAAUCUUUGAUUUUUCCUUCUUUUCAGUCGACCCAUGUGCUGUAACAUCACAGCAGUUUUACAUUUUCAUUUGGACUUUAUGAUGUUUCAUUGAGCCCAGCUCCCAAAUCAAAAUCUAUAUCUUUGCAAUUUCGCAUUACACCAGCCAGAUCUUUAGUGAGGUUACAAGAUUAUACUCGGUCUCCAUAUUGGAGAAGUAAAAAAGGAUACCAGCUUCAUGUGUAGCUGAAAUCAAAAGUGGACAAUUUGUUGACAGCCAAAACAGUUCCGAUCAGGAGAGGACAUCGAUAGGGUUGGAGAAGCGGUAGCCAAAAGGUGGAUGCCCUACAUUCCACUGUCAUUUACUGACUCCUCGGAUCUGAAACCUACAGGUGCAGUUUGAAGAUGGAUGCCUCCAAAAUGCCAAAACAUGUUCAAGGAGUCUUAGUAUGCACCCCAUGGAAGCAAUAUGAUGAGUUCUGUCAAAGUUUUUCAGAAAAAGUACAAUUGAAAUUGAAGUGAUGAUGUUUUCAUGAAUAAUUCCAGAAAAAUGGCCUUUGUUUUGCUGCCGUGGGUUGGUUAAUGUUCAGUGAGAUGUGUUGCUAGAUAUAUUAUAGGUUCUGAUCACAUGAAAAGCCUGGGCAUCAGUGAUGGAGUGAGCAAAGCCGAUAUAAAGACUUACAGUACAGUUUGCUUCUGCUUUGACUUCAGGAAAUGUCAGUUUUGCAAAUGUCCAGUCCUCCUAUACUAGCUCACACAUGCCCUGUAAAUGAACACACUUUUAUUUCUUUCCAUCCCCUUAUCUUCCAGUCUUAAACUAUAGAGAAGAAUUGUUUUUGGUGCUGCUUUUUUGACAAUCUUGUAAAUAAGAUGCAGUGAUUUUACAGCCAUUUGUCAUUGCUUGACACUUCACAAAGGUGUCAGUCUUAGAAGUUAUUGUCUCAAUGUUUGGUUUGGUUUUCCAGCCUCUUGUUUAUUUCGUCAUGCAGGUUUCUGAUUUUGCACUACAUUAUUUCCUUCCUUGAAAGCGUCUCAGAAUACAGCGCUAUGUUUUCAGACACAUACUGAGGACGUGGUGAAUGGCGUCUUUGAGUAGGACAGCUGAUGCGCUCUCAUGUCGGGCGAGCUUCAUCUGGGCUUUGGUGAAGGGUGAAGGAUUUGAAAUUGCAUUGGCUUUGGUGCAGUCGCUGCACAUUUCACAUUUACACUCAGUAGCACGAGAGCCAGAAAUGGACAAUUCUCAGGAUUAUUGUCGAUACACAGUACUGUAUUUAAAUGGUUUGUUGUACAUGUAAUAUACUGUACCAUAUGUUUGCUGUACUUGCACAGUUUCUUUGUUGUUUUUUGAAUCCAUUUGUUCUUUAUUUCUAACUUGGAAAAAUUGAUUUUAGUUUUUUUUUUCUUAGGUGUGUGUUUGUGUGUGUGUUUCUUUUUUUCUUCUAUUUUUAAUAUUUACUCUUAGUUUUUUUUUUUUUUUUGAGUUUGAUUUUAUUCUGUAAAAAAAAUUGUGAAUCACAGGACAUGGACAUUAAUGUUAAGAUUUUGUUCUCUUCUUUCUUUGGGAUUUUGUCAGUCUUAAGAACACAAAGCAUUACAGAAGAUAAGUCAUGACAGUACUACUCUCGCUAGUCUGUCUAGAUGUUAAAUAAAAGCUUUGAAAGAAUUUAUAAAUUAUACUUCUGUGUUGUUGGCUGCUGCAGGUGUGAAUGCUUUACAGACAUUUUUUUAAUUUGUCAUAGCUUGCAGUUAAUUUAUCCACAUAAGUUGAAACAGUGUUUUAUUUUCUUUCUGUAUUAUUGCUUUGCAUUUUGUUCUUUUUUUCUGCAUUUAGUUUGCUUGUAUGUAUGGUGUGAGAGUUUAGUAAACAUUCGUUGAUCUCUACUGUGAAAUUCACCUUGCACAUCAUUUGAAAAAUAAAACAAUAAAAAGGAAAUGAGUGGUA